CAAACUCAUCAACACUUUUCUUUAAUAAUUAUUAAUUUUCUCUGAUAAUAAUUUAAAUCAUUUUUAAAAAAACAAAGUGGAGAUAUCUUCAAGCUUGUCAAUUGAAUUAAUUAAGAAAUACUAGACUCUUUCCAUCAUCCACUAUAUAUUUAAAAACAAACCUGAAAACCAUAUGCAUUAAAAUAUUUACAAAUUAGAUAUUUCAAUAGUUUACCACCCUUAAACAAAAUAAAUAUAAAAUGAGUAGCUCAACAGGAAAAAACAACACCACCGCCGCCUCCGCCACCACCACCACAGAGAAGGCAUUCGCCGGCAUCGGCAACCUCAUAAGGCUCCUCCCCACCGGCACCGUCUUUGCAUUCGAGUUCCUCAACCCGAUCCUUACAGACAACGGCACCUGCUCCGCCGCCGCCCACAAGUGGUUCUCCGGCAUCCUCAUAGCCCUCUGCAGCCUCUCCUGCGCCUUCUCCUGCUUCACCGACAGCUACACCGACGACGAGGGCCGGACCCGGUACGGCAUUGCCACCGCGAAGGGGCUGUGGCCGCCCCCGGACGCCGCCGGCGACACGGCGGCGCACCGGCUCCGGCCGGCGGACUUCGUCCAUGCGGUGGUCACGAUGGCGGUCUUUGCGGUGCUGGUGCUCCUCGACCGGAACACGGUGAUGUGUUAUUUCCCGGAGUGCGAGACGACCCAGAAGAAGCUGCUCAUGGUGCUGCCGCCGGUGGUCGGCGCCGUCGCCGGCUCUGUGUUUGUGAUGUUUCCUCAGAAACGCCAUGGCAUAGGGUACCUUCAGAACUUUGGUGACAACAAAGCUGAAUAAGUUUUAAUUUGUUUUCUUUAAAAAAAAUAAAGAUUUAAUUCGUUAAUUACUCAUGAAAAAUACUCAUAGUAAAUAAAACAGAGUAAAUACAUUCAAAAAUUAUAUACUGCCGUAAUACUGAGUAGAAAAUAACUACCUGAUCGGUAU